GCGCUACGUACCAACAUCAGAAUACCGAAAAAUUGGUAAUGCAUUGACAGUAGCCCGACAUCAAAAAUUUUCGCAAAAAUAAUGCCCUAAGACCAUACGUCGCGAAUAUGUGUGAGCUGCAGUGGGACGCUCUGGCCGAAAUUUAUCUGAAGAAGCAAAAUCAGUGUGUCGAAAUCACCUGUCUGUGCAGCAGGGUUUUUAUUCGUAAAGAUAAUGGCAAAGUAAAUCCAUUCCAAAGUGAGUUCAGCGCUUCGGAAGAGGAUUAUCAAAACGAAGAGGAACCGUUGAGCGAAUGUAACUCUUUGCCCAACAUACAAAGAACUCCAAGCAAGCCGGAGAAUGAGAUUGAGACGUUGAGCUGUUACUGCAGCGCAUCGCACACCGAUAAUUUUUCCACAGACGAACACGACAGUCUGCGCGACGUACACGACAGCAGCGUCUCGUUAAUCCGAGGUUUACAGUCGAGCGACAGCGGGGCCGACUUAACCGAUUUCCUGCGUCAUGACUUGGACACCGACUGGCAACAGUUCUGGUCACUGAACGGCGAGAAACUGAUCUGGGAAUCCUGGAUUGCAAAGUACAGCGCCUAUAUCAAUCCUGAGUACUUGCAGAACCUCGACGAGGAUGGGAUACCGGUCGGCGUGAAGCAGAGCGGGGAUCAAACAAAGGAUAAAUUCAAGUUUAACGACAAAGACAUCACGAAUUACGGGGCCGAGCUGCAAAUCAAAAGUGGCGAGAUAGCCGCCAAAAGUGAUCAAAAACCACGCGCUGUUCUGAACCGCGAUCUGAGCGGUAGCGACGAAAAAUUGGGCAACGACGUUUCCGAGGGUUGGAAUCCCCUUUCGCCUGCCAGUGUUGACUGCGAGACCGAAGUUGAGAGGUUGCUUAGCUCUAGGUGUGGAUCGCAUGCAAGCAGUUCACUGCGAACUGUAGAUUCUAUGACCAAUGUCACACGUAUGACAGUGUCUUCGAUUGAGCUGAGCCCGAGCUCGGACAGUUUUUCGUCAGUUAGUUCGGUACAGAGUUCCUUAAGCAGUGAGGACUCUGAAGAAGAGUACCAGCACCAGUGGAAUGUGCUGUGGAAGAAGCACUACGAAGAAGAGUACACUGAGCAAUACAACAAAUUUAUAUCGUCACGAAUCGAUGAGAGACCUGACUUGCCGCAAAGCAACACCAACACCUUUCUGAAGAGCCAGACCAGCGAUUUCGUCCUACCUAAACGCAACAUUUUAAAAAGUCUCUCGGCCAAAGACACGUCCACACCGCUUUCGGAUACAGUGACCACAUCACUGGGUCACUUGUUGAACACGCUUCACGUAAGUUGCGACGCCAACAUGUCGGAUCGUGGCAGCAGCGAGGAACCCGAACAGGCGAUGCUGGCAAUGGGGUUGCCACUAGCUUUCGGCGGCAGCAAGAGACAAGCUGGUCAAACUAAAGAGAAAAAACAUCACGAUACCGGAAGAUCGGAAGAUUUUGAAGCAUCCCGAAACCGAAUGAAGGCGGCCUUCAAUCUCAUGGGUAUUGAAUAUCAGGAGGACGGAGGUGAUAGAUUCGAAGGCCGUGUCGUUUACAAGGUGAAGCAUAUCAGGUUGAGGAAUAGGAGAUUGAAGCUGAAGCCGCAAGCUAAAAAGGCCAAACACACGUUGUUUGACGACGACGGAAACGCCAUAGAAGAAGUCGGUUCGGAGACCGAAAUGAGUUUCGAGGGGAUUUUAGACGAUGACGACAGUUCGGACAACGAAUUGAUUUCCUACGAGGACGAGUUUGUCUCCACCGAAACAAUAAUACCGAAAACCGAAGAGAAGGAGGAAGAGAUUACGGUGAAAGUGCCGAAGAAAAAGAAGAGGAAAAAGAGAAUAAGUUAUCCGCCGGAAAUAAGGGACAAUCCCAGACUGAGAAAGUACUGGCAUCGCAGGUUCUCUCUAUUCAGCAAGUUCGAUCAGGGCAUUAAGCUGGACGAAGAGAGCUGGUAUUCUGUCACACCUGAAACUUUGGCCAAACACACUGCAUCUAGGUUGGAAUGUGAUGUUAUUGUUGAUGCGUUUUGUGGCGCAGGAGGUAACACCAUUCAGUUUGCCAAAACUUGUAAUAGAGUAAUCGCCAUUGAUAUUGAUCCCAAGAAGAUAGAAAUGGCCAAAAACAAUGCCGAAGUGUAUGGCGUUGCUGACAAGAUUGAUUUUAUUAUCGGAGAUUUUUUCCAAUUAUCGAAGACCUUAAAAGCAGACACGGUAUUUUUAAGUCCACCUUGGGGCGGUCCAUCAUAUUUACAGAUGCCCGUUUACGAUUUGGAAACGAUGUUACAACCAGUUCCUUUUAGUAAAAUGUUUGAGUGUGCGAAGGAGGUGUCAAAAAAUGUUGCUAUGUUUUUGCCCAGGAAUAGUAAUACUCAUUUUUUGAUCAAUGCGGCUGGACCAGGUGGAAAAGUUGAGAUUGAACAAAACUUCAUUAAUCAGAAACUUAUCGCAAUUACUGCUUACUAUAAUGAUCUCAUUAAGGAAAAAUGAUUUUACUUUGGAAUUUUUCAGUAUGUUUCGUGGUAAAAAUUAAUUUCCUGUAUCAGAAGCAGAACAAUUAAGUUUAUCUAAUUAUGAGAUUAAUUUUUAUCAUAAGACCAACUAUGAAUUCUCUGAUUUUAGUUGUAUAAGUUUAUACUGUUUUAAAAAAUAUAACUCUGAUAAUUAAAAA